AUGGGCCUGCCACACACCGUAGGAACAUUGUUCGCCCAGGGUUCGGAUCCCCUGGAGUCCUCUGGUCCAUUUAUAGGAAAUGCAUUGACCGUCGCCGUCGAAUAUGGCCAUCUUGAUAUUGUGGAGUUGCUGCUGAGCAAAGACCUUACAAUCGACAAGAGAUCGGCCGAGAACCUGAUGUGCCGUAUUAAUCAUGAAUAUUUUGGAAAGGCCAAACUGGAAGCAAUCUUCAACUUAACCUGGGACUUGGGUUUGUUGUUUGAUAAAUCCAAGAUACCCGACAAGAUUAUUGAGGAAGGUAUAAUCGUGAGGACCAUAUGGAAUCGACAUUGUGGACUUGAGUUGCUGAGACUUGUUCUUGAUCGGCGACACGAGGCCUGCAUUCCUAUUACUGAUAGGGUGCUGCGGUGUGCGUUAAUCGACUCGGCUUUUAAGGAAGAAAUGCUGGGAUUGCUUUUCGAGAGAUGCAAUGAGGAUAUUCACAUCAGCCCCUCAUUCUUUGCGGACUUGGAUAAAUAUAACUUGGGUUGUUCCAUUGGAGUCUAUAGCGGAAUCGAUGUUAUUUUAAUGAAAAGGGCGACCGAGCUCCGCGUGGACGACGAUAGCGUUGCAUAUUGGGCACGUAAUGCGAGCUCGAAAGCUAUGGGCUUCAUGUUACGGACCCAUGCAGAUAUUCGAGUGACUGAGCAGACUCUAAGGGCAGCUGCUUCCAAUGAGCUCGGGGUAGACAUGAUUCGUUUGCUUUUCGAUCGGCGAGAGCUAGGCACGCAGAUUAGUGAGACGGUACUUCUCACCGCAGCAACAAACAGCGAAGGCCAAGAUGUUGUAAAGUUCCUGCUUGCUAAACUUAGUCCAACUUCUCCAGUGACCGAAAGAAUGAUUCUUUGCGUGGCCGAAAAGAUCCAUUAUCGUAAAAGCUUGAAAGCCUUGAUCGAGGAACUCAGCCCAACUACUCCGCUGACCGAGAAGGUAAGCGAAAACCUCGUCAUGAACGGAUUAGCCACGGUGAAGCUGGUCAUCGACAGGCAGCAAGCGGGCUUCGUCAUAUCUGAGGGGAUGAUGGAGAUAGCUGCUUCACACGAAUCGGAUGCGAUAGAAUUACUGCGAAUGCUGAGGACCAAAGGCGGCGCGAAGGUUCUAAUAACCGAGCCUAUUGUAUGCGCAGCAGCCGCGAAUUAUGAGCGUGGUUCGUCUGUCAUAGAGUAUUUGUUUCAGGUCCAGGGAGAUGGCCUUCCUAUUACAGAGAAUGUCCUCGCCGCAGCAACCGGAAAUCCAGAGGCACUUGAAACUAUUCUGAACAAACGUCCAGGGGCAACGAUAACUGAUGCAGUGUAUGAAGCUGCAUUUCAAGUGUUGGAGUUAAUUGUUGAACAACAUCUGGUGGAUGUCGAUGCAUGGGCAGUGGAAACAGUGGCCUGCAACUGUAGAUGCCUGGAGCUUCUGCUUAGCAGAAAGCCGGAUGUCCCCAUCACGCAUCAAGCUCUCAUACGGGCAACAGAAGACCCUGAUUCAGUGCGCCUACCACUCGAAGCAGAAAAGAAUCAUAGCCUUGUCACGGAGGAGGUCAUGAUGGCUGCGGUAAGGUCACACCAUAACCUGGACAGCAUGAGAUCCAUCUUGCGUCGUGUGGAUUCUGCACCAAUAACGCGAAAUGUACUCACACAGGCGAUGUAUGGCUGGAACCUGGGUGCGGCAGAAUUUAUUCUCUCCGAGCAGCCUGAUCUGGACUUGAAAGCAAACUUCGAAUUGACGGAGUCUAUUCUGCAAGGCUAUCCAUACGACUGGGAGCUGAAAAAUGACUACGGUUUUGAUGAUAUGAUCCAGAAACUGUGCCGGUACAGAGUACCAAUCCACGCGACCGAAGGAAUGGGAGUGAUUGUCCUGGAGAGAUGUUUCAAUGCAGUUGCUGAGAAGUUCCUGGAGUACUGCCCAAAUGUCCCAAUCACGGACAAGCUAUUUCAAACCGUGGAGAGGAAUCCAAGGGUAUCCCAAGUGAAUUUAUUAUCACUACUCGCUGGUAAGAGAGACUCAGCGUGA